AUAUUCCUAUUUUACCAGAUUCGUUCAAGAUGUCUGACACCGAAGCAGCCCAUGAUCAAAACUUCGAGACCGCCCAUGCCGGCGCCUCUCUCACCUUCCCAAUGCAAUGCUCUGCUUUGCGUAAGAACGGUCACGUCGUCAUCAAAGGACGUCCUUGCAAGAUCGUAGACAUGUCUACCUCUAAAACCGGUAAGCACGGUCACGCAAAGGUGCACUUGGUCGCCAUUGAUAUCUUCACCGGUAAGAAGUACGAAGAUAUCUCUCCUUCUACCCACAACAUGGACGUUCCAAACGUUCAACGUAACGAAUACCAAUUGGUUAACAUCGAUGACGGUUUCUUGAACUUGAUGAGCAAUGACGGUUCCAGCAAGGAUGACGUCAAAGUUCCAGAAGGUGAAAUUGGUGAACAAAUCUCUUCUCAAUUCGAUGAUGGUAAGGAUUUGAUGGUUACCAUUGUUUCAGCCAUGAACGAAGAACAAGCUAUCUCCUUCAAGGAAGCUCCUCAAGGCAAGUAAGGGUUGUGAAAGACCUUGCUUUCGAGAUGAAAGUUGUGGAUAAGGUGUGGGAGGGUUAUGCGUUUCUCAAAUUGGAUUUUCGAUGUGUGGCAAGCAAACAUCAAGAGUCAGAUCAACAAUAAAGAUCUACAAUGAAUUUCAUUCUUUUCCCCUUCUCCCAAAAAGAGGUGUAUUUGUGGUCGUCAACAAUCGGCUUUCUCGUUGAGUUCGUCUUUUCCUCCUACUCUUUUCAUUUCCAAUCACUUUCUCUCAAAACUUCAUUUUUGUCAUGUUCCCAUUAUCAUUCUCAUAUUCAAAAUUAUCGCAUGGGUAUCAUUGCAAGUACUGUUCUUUCGUCUUGUGU